GUACGUGUGAGUGUGUGCAUAAGUGUGUGUGCGCAUAUGUGUGUGUUUAUAUGUGCACUGGCAUGUACCCCAGCUGCACAUGCCGCCCACAUUGAAUUCCCACCCCCUGCAGCCCACGGGGUCUCCACACAGCAGUGUUUCUCGGGAACUCGGUGCACAGCCCUGGGCUCCAUGGAAACAAGAACAAACACCCGGCCCCGAGCUCCUCAAAGGAAACACAGUGACAGAAGGUCCUGAGUCUGGGGCACGGGGAGUUAGGAGGAAACAAGUUUAAAGUAACAGGACUCAGAGUAGAGGACGUCACGCCAUCAGCUGUGGCGGUGGGCUGGUUCACGCCAGGCACAGCUGUGCGGUUUUGAGCAGAUUUUUGUUUUGAUCAGGGAGGAUUUUUGCUGAAUAUAAGUUAACGUCAGUCAGACCUUCCUAAAAUAAAAUCUUGGGUUUUCAACGAAAGGAGGAACGACACAAUUGCGCAUAAGACUCUGUGUUCCAAAACACAGAGUGUUGUAAAAACUAUAGUAUUUAUCUUCUUACAGAACCCAACCAGGCAGGGCAGGAGACACUGCCGACCAGUCCUGCAGGCCCUGGCCCUUGGCCGACUCAGGGUUCAGGAGGGUCAGCUCAGCCGUCACAACCGGGUACCACGGCGGGGCUCAGACAGCAGGAUUCGUUUCUCACGGUUUUAGAGGCUGAAGUGGGAGGUCAGGGUCAGCAGCCACGGCUCGUGGCGGGACCUCCGUCCACCUGCAGACGCCGCGUCCUCGCAGGCGAGACCUCUUCCUCUCCUGUAAGGACACCGGUCCCCUGGAUCAGAGUCCCACCCCGGGACCUCACUGGGGAAGCUCCAGAUACAGUCAUGUUGGGGGUCAGGGCUUCAGCAUAGGAAUGUGGGGUGACAUGAGUCGGUCCAUCGCAGACGAUGCCCUUUCCUGAGUGCCCCGUGUGGGGACGUCCAUCCCUGGGUCAUCUCCGUGACGACUCUGAGUCGCCACGUGUAUGCUGGUGGCGUUUCUCACUUUCGUUGGAGUAACGCGAGUUGGUGGUUACAGCAAAGUGGUGGGGAAGGGUGGGUGGCCGAGGGCAGGCCUGCAGUCCCUCCUCCCAGCGCCACGCAGACGCCCUCCGCACGUGUGUGUGGCUUUUCUCCCGUUGCCUCUGUCACCCUGGGGAAGGAGCCAUGAGCUCUGGGCCUGUCGGGGUCGGACCCCAACCCCGAGGGGCACCGGGUGGCCUGCACCUCUGCACACGCGGGGCCCCGCGGUGGGUGAUGGUGGUGGGCAGCAUCACCAUGUGCUUCUCUCUCACACGGUUUUUCAAAGUCACCUGCACAUCUGCCUGCUUUGUGAAGUAGAGUCUGAACUUUACUUCUUGUAUUGUGUUUUCCAUUUCACAGAAUUUCCGAUUUUAUUUUUUCUGUUAACCAAGGGAAUAAUGAGCCCUGAGUGUAGCCUCAAAGUUCUCCACCCCCAGAGUCCUGCGGCCGCUGCCUGGGAUUCAUUCUCCUCCCAGAGAGUCCGGGACCCUGACCGCUGCGUGGCGUGUGUUUCUCUUCUGCUGCGCUCUCAGGCAUGAUCUGCAUUUCCUGGGCCUGUUUUCUUUGUCUUUGUUCCAAGAUUUUCUGGAGUAUUGGGUUCUCAGAAGGAAGAUGUGCAGGAGGAACUCAUUCACAUCUUGUGUCUGGAAAUGUCUUUAUUCUCUCCUCUGUGUUGGUGGGUAGUUUGACUGGGUAUAGAAUUGCAGGUUUCACGUCGUGUGUCCACAGAGCUUUGGAGAUGCGCUGCUGACACCUGCAGCUUUGAUGCUAGAAACCCGUUUGUUCCUCUCUGAGAGGUUUUAAAGUCUUUGUCGUUGGAAAUUUGAAAACUUCUCAAAGGAAAUAAUAUGAGUCUUUUUCAUAAAAUUCAUUCUGCUCAGCACCUUGAGAUGGUGGUGAAGAUCUGGGUCUUUCUUCAACUCUGAGAAACUAUUUUCUUUAUAUCUUAUAGUUCUGUCCUUUUCUUUUUCCUGCAUGUUCUGGGAGGUCCCCUUCUCCACGUUUUUGAGCCUUCCUAGGGAACCGGUAUUUCUGCAUGAGACUUUUGAUUUCCAAGAGUAUUUUCUUUUUCUUGUCCUCUGGACCUUUUCAGAGCAUCCCUCUCUUCUGGCACUGUAAUGUCCUGAUGCGUGUGGAUUUUUACACGUCUCUUCCGAUGUCUGCCCUCAGGUCUCCUCAGGGUCAUACUCCUCUUAUCCAUCAUGUAGGUGGUUCUGCGCACACGUCCAAGUCUGAGGUGUCCACCUGUGUGAUGAAUGACAGAUGGAGUCGGGGUGCAGGUCCCUGCCCUUGAGCACGUAGAUCUGUCUCCCGAUUCCCUUCCCCUGGAGAAGCUCUGGCAUCUCCGGUGUCACUGGUGCCCUUGCCUUGGGACCGUGGUACUGGCCCUGCACUGGGCAGUGGCCAGGGCUCUGCUCUGAGGCCGGUACCCACACCCAUAGGCAUCUCUUCCCCACAGGCAGCUUGGGGACAGAAUUCCUCCAAGACCUUAGAGAAUUAUCAGAUUUGGUUUUUCCUGUCCCAGUACAUCACUGUCACUGUUUGACCUUUGGACCCGAGAGGUGGUGGGUGUGUCUCCGAUGGAGGGGCUGAGAUCUGACCCCCCUUUUCACCAGCUCUCCUCCUGGACCUGCCUUCCUGGGACUGGCUGCGCUCCCACUGCAGCCUCCCCCGCAGUCUUGUUUCUUUCUCCUUGUGCAUCAACUGACAUCCAUUGGCUUUUAUUUUUGUAAAUGACUUUAUUGUGAAAAAUAACAUGCAUGCAGAGAAGUGUAUUUAAAAAUGUGCAGUAGAACAAGCGACUGGAAGUGUGUGCUUUGUAGUCAUCUAGCUCUAGACGCAGCGCCCAGCGUGGCCCCCGCAUUGCGUGGGUGACUGACUGUGCAGGACCUGCCCGUGGUCGGAGGAGGUCGUUUCCAGGUGGCUCCUUGCAGACGCGGUGCAGCUUCAGAUCUGUCAGGGCUUAUCUUGGGAAUUCUCUUGAGAGGGUUGUUAAGCCCCUUGGGAAAUCAAUCCAAUAAGGGUUUAGGCCCCUGUGCUUCCAUGCAGUGACUUUUACCCAAUUUGAUCACCCACGCAGCACAGCGGCACAGCGAGACACGGGUCCUCCUGAAGAUGGCCCUUCUCCCAAGGACUCGGGUGCGUGGCCUGCAGUCACUUGCCCGCCAGGCCGUCGCCCACCGUGGUUUCAGUGGCGUGAACAGUGAUCUGGUUUGUAGUGUCAGAGAUUCCUAUGAAAGGGAAUGUGCAGAUUUACAUGCUUACGUUCUCAUAUGUUUAAAAAAGAAUAAAUAAGAAGCAAAUUCAGUUAAUCUAGCCUGAUUUUUACUCGGUUUUCCAAAUUUAUUGUCCAUCUAAUUUCAUCCAGAAAAGGCUGGUUUCCGGAAGGUAACAGCUGCAUCCCGGAGCCUGAGGCCACCUGUGGGAGGCGAGGGUGAGGUUUACCCAGCACAUCUCUGCUCCUGACCUCAGCUCUGCUGCCUCUCCACAUUUCAGCGUGCAUUUUAGGGUCGUGGACGUCCUGCUCAAGGCCAUCAUGCGCACCAUGUGGUUUGCCGGCGGCUUCCACCGCGUGGCCGUGAAGGGGCGGCAGGCGCUGCCCGCCGAGGCCGCCAUCCUCACCCUGGCACCGCACUCCUCCUACUUCGAUGCCAUCCCCGUCACCAUGACGAUGUCCUCCAUCGUGAUGAAGGCGGAGAGCAGGGACAUCCCGAUAUGGGGAACUCUGAUAAAGUACAUCCGGCCGGUGUUCGUGUCCCGGAUGGACCAGGAUUCUCGCAGGAAGACGGUGGAAGUGAUCAAGAGGAGGGCGCAGUCCAGCGGGAAGUGGCCGCAGAUAAUGAUUUUCCCAGAAGGCACUUGUACCAACAGGACCUGCCUAAUUACCUUCAAGCCUGGUGCGUUUAUCCCAGGAGUUCCCGUCCAGCCAGUGGUUUUGCGGUACCCAAACAAACUGGACACCAUCACCUGGACGUGGCAAGGCCCUGGAGCGUUGAAAAUCCUGUGGCUCACGUUGUGUCAGUUUCACAAUCAAGUGGAAAUUGAGUUCCUUCCCGUGUACACGCCGUCGGAGGAGGAGAAGCAGGACCCCACUCUGUACGCCAGCAACGUGCGGCACGUGAUGGCAGAGGCCCUGGGCGUCUCCGUAACUGACUACACGUUUGAGGACUGCCAGCUGGCCCUGGCGGAAGGCCAGCUUCGUCUCCCCGCGGACACGUGCCUUCUCGAGUUUGCCAGGCUGGUGAGGGGCCUGGGGCUAAAACCAGAAAAACUCGAACGCGAUCUGGACAGACAUGCAGAUAGCGCCAGGAUGAAGCAGGGCGGGAGCUUGACUCUGCCCAAGUUCGCGGCGCAGCUGGAGGUCCCCGAGUCCCAGGCGCUGGAGGACCUGUUUGCCCUCUUUGAUGAGAGAGGUGGCGGGGAGAUGGACAUGCGGGAGUACGUGGUCGCCUUGUCCGUCGUCUGCCGGCCGUCGCAGACCCUGGACACCAUCCGGCUGGCGUUCAAGAUGUACGGGUCGCAGGAGGACGGCAGCAUAGACGAGCACUCCCUGUCCAGCAUCCUGAAGACCGCCUUGGGCGUGGCUGAACUGACCGUGACCGACCUCUUCCGGGCGAUCGACCAAGAGGAGAAGGGCAGGAUCACGUUCGCCGACUUCGAGAGGUUUGCCGAAGCGUACCCUGACUUCGCUGAGGAAUACCUGUACCCCGAGCAGACGCACUCCCAGAGCUGCGCACAGACGCCCCCGGCUCCCACCCCCAACGGCUUUUGCGCCGACUUCAGCCCCGAAAACUCGGCUGCUGGGACGGAGCCUUUUCGUAAGAAGCUGGACUAGGACGUAAGGUUCUGGAGAGACGAGGCCUCUCCACAGCCGCCGCCCCGUUUGCUGUGACAGCAUCCGGGCUCCAUGCUCCCACACGCGCUGUCCCUUUCCUGCCCUCGGGCCCGAGUCCUAGAGCAGCGCGGGCCCGAGGCCGUGGCUGUGCGUGCCCUGACGGGCGGGCGCGGUGAGCUCAUGGGGGCGGCUCCUGGGGCUCCCUUCCAGGCGGCACUCGGGGGCCGGCCCGGCCGUUGCUCUCUUUUCACCUCGAGCCUCCCGUUUUGUUUCCAUCCUCUCCCACCGUCCCUGCUGGUCCGUUCCAGGCUGCGCAGGCCGGCGGCUGCCACACGCACCUGAAAGUGGGACGUGUCACCCGCGUUUCGAUUCCGGCACAAAGUCUCUGCCGACCUCGGUGGAAUCGGUGGGCAGACCCACCAUCUGAUUUUUCAACGUUUCUAUAUUUGCAGGAGCUCAUGAGUAUUUUAUAAACUUCAUUUAGAUACUUCAGGAAACACUCAGCAUUUUUUUACGAAAAGAGAAUUGCUUUUCUACUUCAUCUUCCUUGGAGGGUCAGGGGAUGUUUACUUAUAGGCCCUUUUCCUGACAGACCCUGAGGCUGUCUGGGGCUUUGAGCUAACUCUCCCUCCGGCCUCUCUCGACCAGAGAACUCCUCUCCGCUGAGGCACCCGGCCCGGAACCACUUUUUUGUCUCCUUGGUCCUUUACAAACCCCCCCUUUUUAUACCAGCUUGGGGUUUCUGUUUCCGUGCGACAUGAUCUACUUCACCAAAGUGUCAGCUCCGAUCAGAGCAUUGAAUGUCGGGGAGAUGAGGUGGACCGGGGUGUAAAUGGCGGGGGCGGGGUUUCCUGUCUCCCGGGCCGGGUGCCCCAGGGGAUGGUGACACUCUGGAAGGCCCCGCCUGCGCUGACUCUCCCCCCAUUCGCACCAGGGUUCUCGGGGCAUCUGGAGACGGAUGAGCCUCGGGGAAGGAGGGGGUGGGAAGCAGCGGCAACGGGCAGUUGGGGUGCCCAGGAGGCCCAGGGGGCUCCAGUCCCUCUCUGUGUCCGGGGGCGUCAGCGGGGAGCAGCGCCACCGGGCUCGGGGAGGGGCUCCAGGUGCUGUCUUCACUCGUGAAACCACCUUGAUUCAUCUCCUUGUGACAUAACUAGAAACCUGUCCUCAAAGCACAAUGGCAACCACACACUGAGUCUGUUCCCUGAAGCAAAGCCUCUGGGUCUGUUUGGGAAAUUUUUUUUGGUUUCUAAUUUCUCUUGGGGGCAUCUCCAUAGGAAGUGACCACCAGAGCCAGAAGUACAGGGGAAAUGUUUACUAACUUCCUGAGGCUUGGAGAUGUGCGUGUCUACGGUUAGUCGUCAGAAAAAGGAAACACCCUUAACUUCCGUUCAUUCCGAAGCCCCUCCUGCCCCGCGCAGGGUGCGGGGUGACUGACAUCAUUCCAGGGCGCCGCCCGUCAGGCACAGAGCUUCCCGCACGGCCUUGGUAGCGAACAGGACUGAUUUCAUGAUCGUGGGAUGCGUGCAGUUUCAUUUUUAAAGAGAAGAACCCACACCUGGCAAUGAAGGAGGUGAACAAGCCGAGAUGUUCUGAGGAAGGGCCUGGGCCCUGCGUCUGUGGAUGAAGGGUUUUUGAAUGAAAUGCUGCUGUGCGUUUUCAGGAAAAAAAUCUCUGAUAAACAGACAUCGAAUGGAUGUUUGUUCCUCCCGAUAACUCUUCUCUUUCGUAGCGACUUAGGGUCGCGGGCAUCCAGAACUGUGAACGUACAGAGCUCGGGACUGAAUCCCCUUGUGUGGGACCAGGAGCCGCAGCGGCGCCCGCCGCCUGCAGAGGCCCUGCCGGGCGCGAGGGGGUGGGACGGGUGCCUCCCAACAAACUCGGGGUUUUCAAUGGAACGAAUAAAACGCAAAGUCUUAUGUACUUGAGGA